UCAGUGCAAAGAAAAUAUGUUCAGUGUAGGUUUUUAUAGUUAAUUCUCCUUGAUUAGUCUCAUAGUCUGCCAUAAAUCAAAGAGCAAGGAGCAUAAUAUUUUGACAGCAUGACGAUAUACAUGAUUUUAAUAAAUUAAACAUUUUAUUGAUAGUUCAAUUCAAAGAGUUCAGCGCAGUUUUUGAUUUUAUAUUUACAUAAAAACAUUAAUUGACUACAGGCACAGAAAGAUUUGAUUGAGGAUGUGUACUGGAACAAAAUGUUGUUAUCUGGAAUUGCCAAUUGCGGGCUAUGUCUUAGGAGUAGUACAUAUAAUAUGGUCCCUUUACGACAUAAUUGCUAACUUCAUAUUAAUGUCUGGAUCGGGUGGUGGUGGAGAACAUGGUAGGAAGAAAUAUCGAAUGAUGGUUAUCGGCCCGAUCAAUAAGGACGCGGGAGAUGGUUCCAGCGGGGCAUCCAAACCACAAAUCAUAGGGGAAAUAGUAGUAUCUGUAAUAGCCAUUAUAUUCUCUAUUCUACUUAUCAUUGGAAUUAAAAAGGGAAAGAAAAUAUUUGUCACGUGUUACUAUAUAUUUGGCAUAGUGUUGACGAUUUUUUUGUGUCUUGGUGCAAUUUUGAUGUUCGUUCAAGGCCAAAUAAUUAUGGCAAUAUCGGCUUUGAUAAUAACCGUUCUCUAUGUUCUCAUACUUGUCUUCUUGGUUAGGAGGCUGAGGAAUUCGAUGUCGAAUCCCACCUCACCUCAGUGACGACUAAGUUUUUACAAUUUAACGUGCGAUAGGAGGGAAAAUUCUGCACGGUGCUACGCGAAAUUCCGGCCUUUAAUAUAGUUAUUAGUUUCUUGUAUUAUUAGUACUAUUUUGUAAUAUUC